UUCUUACAGAAUCAAAAUCAUUUUUAGAAGAUCACAAAACACUUCUUCCAAAAAAAACCUUGGUUCGUAAUGGGGAAUUUCAUAUCAAGCAAGUCAUCAGAUGCGCCAGCGAAAGUAGUAUUGCCGGACGGAACAGUUCAUGAAUUCAACCAGCCUCUAACCGUUGCCGAGCUCAUGUUAGAUCAUCCACAACAAGUUGUAGUAGAAAUUGAAUCAAUCGAAUCCAAAAAAAGACCAAUUCCAUUGCCUGCUGAUAAAAAGCUAGAGAUGAAGAAAUUUUACUUAAUGUUACCUAUGCAACAAGGGAGAGCUUUCUCAACGGAUGACGCUCGCAGGAUACUUAUGAAGGUUAAACUAGAUCAGAGAUUGCCAAAAUUGUUUAACGCUGCCAAGAUUAUUGGUUUGUUUGCGAGAAUGUGUCAGUGUGGAACUGGACGUGAAACUAUCUUGCAGCGGAGAGAUAGCUUGCUUAAGGAAGAGUUAGAGAAGAGAAAGAAUGAUGGAAAUGAUUCAAAUGAUAAUAAAUUAGUACAACGAAUUCAGUUGGAAAUUUUCUGCGAAAGGCCGGCUUUUUUGGGCAAGCAAGUCUCGAUGGGCAAAGGAUGGACACCAAGUUUAGUUACCAUCGAAGAGAAGAUACCCGAAAAGAAGAUCCUUCGCCGACUGUUUCAUGUAUGAAAUAUAUGGUGAUCUAAGGCUUCAUAUGGAUCAAAUUAGUUCAAUCCAAAAUUUUGAAUCAUUUUUUCUUUCUUCAAAUCAUACUCAGAUCAUGUAUCAGUAACAUUAACAACCAAAAUAGAAAACCUUUUGUAUAUGGAGUUGAUAGAUAACGAAAAACAAAAAAAUGUGUGUACCGUACUAAUUGCAUACUGCAAUUUAAAUUUCACAAUUUGUAAAACAAAUCAAACUAAUAAUGUAGUAGAGCUGUUUGCGACUGA